AUGUCUGUGUUUGGUGUUCAUUGUGGUUGUCACAGGUAUAUCUAUGUGAUGCUGCUAAUGUUCCGCUGGUUAUGUUGUUCAAAGCUUCUGCCAAAAUGACCACAGAAUGUUCGUGGUUGUGACUCUUUGCUACCUAUCUUCUGUGGUGUUGGUGUAUGAUGGUUGAUGAAAUGUCGUGCCCAUAUUGCCCAUAUUGCCUGUCUUAACAGUAGACUGUGUUGGUUUGUUGCAGGUAUUUCUUUGCUGUGCUGGCCAUCCUGACCAUUCUGGGGGUGCUGAAUGGUUUGGUCCUUCUCCCUGUGUUGCUGUCUUACUUUGGCCCCUAUCCAGAGGUCAGAUGGUUUCUCCUGCAGAAAUACUCACACCCAGAGACCUAUAAUGGCACGCACACACACAUUUUUUACACACAAAUAUUUUUUACACACACAUUUUUUACGCACAUAUUUUGGUGAAUCAACGCUAACUUUUAAUUGAAUGUUCUAACACGAGCUCAUCAUAAAACAUUUUUGCAGAAUAGUUUGUGUAAAAAACAAAGGAAUAAAAAUAAUUGGCUCAUCUCCUCACGCCUCCCUCCUUACUCUGUCCCCCUCAGGUGACCCCUGUUGAUGGCCGUAUCCAGUUACCCACCCCGUCCCCAGAGCCCCCUCCUCACGUGGUCCGCUUCUCCGUCCACCCCUGCCACACCACCUCAGGGACGGGGACAGGUACAGGCUCUGACUCGUCAGACUCUGAGUACAGCUCCAACACCACGGUAUCAGGCAUCAGCCAGGAGCUGCAGCAGUACGACCUCCCCACCACUAGAGGCAGAGCUGGGAGAGCAGAGGAGGUGCGACUAGGAGCUGUCCCAAGAAGGACAGCUAGACAAGGAAACACCACGGCCUACUCUUUUUCUUCUGUAAGUGCUUCGGAUAAUGCCCACACACACACACACGUGACAUAAGCUCACACUCUCUGUUUGAACAUGUUGAACAUGUGUACAAGUUGUUCUGAUUUUCUGAUCUCUCUCCUGUCAGUCGGUGCUGCCGGAGUCGGGUGCCCAACCCGGUGCAUCCCGUCGCUUAAACAAGAGGGACCUACAGUCGCUGCCCCGAGCCCACCCGCGCAUGGACGCUUUUGAAAUUGCUACUGAGGCUGGAGGCCAUUAUGGCUCCGGGGGCCAUUUUGUCUCGGGAGGCCACAGAGAACGCUCUGCAGGGCACAGAACCCGUCCAUCCCACAACCCCCGGCACAAUCGCCACCAACCUCCCCACCCUAACCCCGCCCCUACUUACUGCCAGCCAAUCACCACGGUAACGGCCUCUGCGUCAGUUACCAUCGCUGUCCACUCUGCCCCUCCCCCCACUCAAAGCCCCACCUCCUCUUACCCAGGACACACUGCAGCGGACAGUUACCACACAGCAGGUGGCGCAGAGCCCGAGCCUGCCUUCCAGGACCCCCAUGUGCCACUGGAGGUCCAUACGGGUUGCAGAGGAACCAAGAUGGACGCCAAGGUGGAGGCCAUGGAGCUCCAGGAUGUGGAGUGUGAGGCAGCUGAGAGCGACUGUGGUAGGAGGGCAAGCUGA